AGCACAUGGAGAUGACAAUGGUGAAACUGUUCACCAAGUCCAUUCUCAAAUUCCUCAUUCAACUCCAUGCAAAGGGAAUCGUGCAUGGGGACAUCAAGCCGAGGAACAUGUCGAUUAAAGAGCCUGGGGCAGGGACCAUCCGGAUGAUGAGUUUUGAAAACAGCUUUUUGGUGGGACGCCAACGUUCACAGAAUUUUUGUUCCCACGCGUACCUUGCCCCAGAGGCGUACCUGGGCCACGUGUCAUCUUUCCCGGUUGACAUGUGGGGACUGGGUUGUACAGUGGCCGAGUUGGCUACCGGACGCAUCCUCUUUCCGGCCAUCAACAAACUCGACCAGCUCCCGUGUUAUAUGGAGGUAUUGCCCACACAGCAGUAACACUGACAAUUCCGUUAUUGGCAUCAAUUUCAUGACCAAUUUGCUCUUGAAAUCGCCCAACUCAGUCAUUGCUUCUAACCACGUUCACUUCUCAGCGAGUAUUUC